AUGAGCGCGCUCGCGUACCUGCGGUCGCAGGCGGCCGAGGCAAGAGCCUCGGGGGAGAAGCCCUACUCACUCUUCAUGGUGUCCCCCGAGCGCGUGCUCGGCAUGAAGCGAGCCGCGGAGCCGUUCAGGAGCGUCGAAGACGGCGGCGACGCGGAGACUUAUCGCUACGCCAAGACGCCGAGAACCGCGGUCAAGACGGAGUCGAGGUACAACCUCAGGUCCAAGACGCCCACGACGAUGAUGAAGUCGAUGAACAAGCUCGGACUCUACGUGCCCCCCGCGAUGAGAAACCCCAAGGAUCCCGAGACGGACGGUACCGUCCAAAAGACUGAAGGAAGGAAGGUUGGAUUCGCCAUCCCCGCGCCGCGCGUCGAGGUGUACAAGUCGAGCAACCGCGAGAACCAUCCCCCGGGCUUCGGGCCCUCGUCCAAUAACGUCGAAGGAGCCCCAUCGGCGAAGGAGCUCCCGACGCCCAAGCCCGCGCCCCUCGCGGCGAUAUGCAGGAACGCGGCGGUCGCCAGCAGGAAGCGAUCAUCGACGGCCGACGUCGGCGGUAAACCCGGAGUUAACUCGUCCGAGGCCGGCGGCGGCGCCAGGCGCGGUUCCCGCUCUCGAGGCGGGCGGGGCAGGUCGGGGUCGUCGACGAGGACCGUCACCGUCGUCAUCCCCAAGGCCAGCGCGGGGCCCAGGUGA